AAAGCUUCUUCCCAAGUUUCGUUGGUGAUGAGUGGAAGCACAGCAUAGUCCAAGAGCAGCAGCUUGCAGCUAGCACAAAAAUUAAAUCGAGAUGGAAUGCACAAGUUUGGGGAUGUUAUUCUAGGAGGGAUCUUUCCGAUAAACUAUUACACUGCAUCUUCUGAACAGUAUUUUACUACAGAGCCUAAAGAUCCAAUCUGUUAUGGCUUUGAUAUUCAAGGUUUCAGACAGGCCCAGACCAUGGCCUUUGCUGUGGAUGAAAUUAACAGAAACUCCAAACUGCUUCCUAAUAUAUCGUUGGGAUACAGCUUAUAUGAUAGCUGUGUCAAUCUAGGGAUCUCAUUCCAUGCAGCUCUGUCUAUGACCAGUGGCAGAGGAGAGCCGUUUCAAUUAAAUGAGCGCUGUUACGGGUAUCCUCCGCUGUUGGGUAUUGUGGCAGGAUCUACUUCAACGUAUACUAUUGCCAUUUCUAGUAUCCUAAGCUUGUACAGUUUACCAAUGGUCAGUUAUUUUGCCACAUGUUCUUGUCUGAGUGACAGGAGGCAGUUCCCAUCAUUCUUUAGAACUAUUCCAAGUGAUGCAUUUCAGGUGCGAGGUAUUCUCCAGAUUCUGAGGAGGUUUGGCUGGACCUGGGUUGGUCUUGUGAUCAGUGAUGACGACUACGGUCGCCACACGGCCCAAUCAUUCCAGUCAGACCUGGCCAAGUCUGGUGGAGGCUGUCUGGCUUAUCUAGAGGUUCUGCCCUGGGGACACAAUGUUGCUGAAAUAAAGGAGAUUGUUGGCAGAAUAAAGAAAUCCACAUCCCGUGUGGUUAUUGUUUUUGCACAUCCAAGCAACAUGCUUGAUCUCAUGGAAGAGGUUGUAAAACAAAAUGUGACCGGCCUACAAUGGAUUGCCAGUGAAGCCUGGAGUACAGCCAAAGUGCUCCAUACUCCCAGCUACAUGCCUUUUCUUGCAGGCACUCUGGGCAUUGCCAUCCGCCGGGGGGAAAUACCAGGACUCAGGGACUUCCUAUUGACCAUACGCCCAGACAAUGACACACUCAGCACCCAGGAAAACACCUUAGUGAAGCAGUUUUGGGAGCACAUAUUUCGGUGUAAAUUUGUAUCUGGUUGGAUGGAGAUGGAAGGUCAGACUCAAGAACGACUAUGUACAGGGAAUGAGCUUCUAAGGAAUGAAGAUACUGAAUUCUUGGACCUGUCUAACCUCAGGCCAGAGUAUAAUGCGUACAAAGCUGUAUAUGCGCUAGCACAUGCCCUACAUGAACAUCUGCAGUGUGUUCCAGGGAGUGGGCCUUUCAAAGGGCAAAGCUGUGCCCGUUUGCAGGGACUAGAGCCAUGGCAGCUUGUAUAUUAUUUGCAAAGAGUCAAUUUCACUACAGAUUUUGGGGAUCAAGUGUCAUUUGAUGCGAAUGGUGAUGUUUUACCAAUCUAUGAUGUGAUGAACUGGAGGUGGAUCUCAGACGGAAGCACAGAGGUUACAAAUGUGGGAGACGUUAAACAAAUGGCUGCAAAAGUCAUUGAUCUUAACCUUGAUGAAGACAAAAUCUUUUGGAAUUUUGAAUCAAAAAAGCCUCCCAGGUCAGUGUGUAGUGAGAGCUGUCCCCCAGGCACUCGCAUGGCCAUAAAGAAAGGUGAACCUGUCUGCUGCUUUGACUGCAUCCCCUGUUCAGAUGGAAAAAUAAGCAACGUGACAGAUUCAACCGAAUGUACAAGCUGUCCAGAGGAUUUUUGGUCCAACAUCCAGCGGGAUCAAUGUGUCCCCAAAAGCAAGGAAUUUCUUUCCUAUGUUGAACCCUUGGGAAUCUCCUUCACAACAGCAUCAUUAUUUGGAGCACUCUUAUGCACCAUUGUUUUGGGAAUAUUCACCAAUCAUCGGACCACGCCAGUGGUUAGGGCUAACAACUCAGAGCUUAGCUUCCUCAUUCUGCUGUCACUCAAAUUAUGCUUUUUGUGUUCCUUGUUUUUCAUUGGUAAACCAAGGCUGUGGACUUGCCAGUUGAGGCAUGCAGCAUUUGGGAUCAGCUUUGUUCUGUGUGUUUCGUGUAUCCUGGUGAAGACCAUGGUAGUUCUGGCAGUAUUCAAGGCCUCCAAACCAGGUGGUGACCGUGGCCUGAAGUGGUUUGGAGUAAUGCAACAGAGAGGGACUGUUGUAUUUCUGACUUUAAUACAAGCAGCAGUUUGUAUAACAUGGCUUGUGUCUUCCUCACCAGCUCCUAAUGAAAACACAGAGUACUACAGCGACAGGAUAGUAGUUGAGUGUCUAGUGGGGUCCACAGUAGGAUUUGGAGUAUUACUGGGCUAUAUUGGCUUACUGGCUAUUCUCAGUUUCCUGCUUGCAUUCUUGGCACGAAAUCUACCAGAUAACUUCAAUGAGGCCAAGUUUAUCACCUUCAGCACGCUGGUCUUCUGUGCUGUUUGGAUAGCCUUUAUCCCAGCUUAUAUUAACUCCCCUGGUAAAUAUGCCGAUGCUGUAGAGGUAUUUGCCAUUCUAGCUUCUAGUUUUGUGCUGUUACUGGCCCUAUUUGGACCAAAGUGUUACAUUAUUCUCCUUAAGCCUGAGAAAAACACAAAAAAAGCUUUAAUGGGACGAGGCUCACCAAGAUCAUAG